CAUUACGGAGGUUGGGGCCAAAAGUUAUCAUCACUCUCUGUUAGGGCCAAGCCUAUGAACGUGCGACGAACUGAGAAAAGCAUACUUACACUGUAUUUAAUUUGGGCAUAGCGGUUUCUCUCCCUCUUCGCUGAUUGGGCACCGCCCAUGAAGCCCCCCAGCGCAGGGAGAUGCGCACUAUGCCUACAGUGGUUAGGGGCCAGUGGCUGACAUGGGCUGUGCGAGCCUUACUGUAUCCGGGCCUUGGCAGUCUUGGCUAUCUUGGAGUGAUGAUAACUUUUGGCCCCAACCUCCGUACCUAUAUUCCGAAGAAAAAUGCCAGCCUCGCAGGGGAUUUGCAGCUUGCACGAGAGAGCCUGUCAAACCAGUGCUGGAAAGAGCUGAUUCGGGAAUCGAAUCAUGUGUUCCUGCGAACGCGUAUAGUGGCAGCCUCAAUCACAUCGUUGACAAGACACGGUACAUUCGGGCAUCUAAAGUUAUGAGCCUUCCCCAUCCGCGCAAUGACACCAAAUGGGAACCCCAAAAGAAGAUACCAGCUGCACAGAACAGGGCGGGACUCAUGCCCAUCACCAGGCUCAUCGACCUGCAGUAUGAUGCUACAGAAUCCCAGACACCCACCAGCGCAUCCAGCAUGCCACGUGCAUCACCAACCAGGGGGAACCAACGUGGGCGUUCAGCGUAGCGCUUUCGUUUUUCAUUCGGCGAACGGUGUAAUACCUAGCCGGACCGAGAAAUCAUUGACCUCGUAUAACACCCAGAAGACUUGGAAGCAGAAUCCCA